AUGGCCGGUGCGUUCACGCACGGGGCGACACCAUCGCGGACGUGCUGCUGUCCCUCAAGCACGCCGUGGUACACCCGAGCUCGCCGGCGGGGGGCGCCGGGCCCUACGGGGCCGGGCCGGCCGAAGCCCGCCGCCGCCACCGCCGCCAACAUGUUCCCCACCUCGAUGAGCGUCAACCUGUCCAUGAACAUGACCAUGGGUGUGACCGGAUGGGAGCCCAGCUACGCGGCGCAAUGGGCGCCCCCGCCACCACCACCACCCGCAGGAAGCUGUACGCGAGCACGGCUACGCGACGGACGUGGCCGCAACCCCCGCCCCCGCCGCCACCGCGCCGCACCAGGUCGCUGCGGGCCAGGUCGCCGGCGGCUCGUGGCUCAGGGCGGCAUCGCUGGCGUGCCGGGCGCGGCGCGCGGCCCGAUGGUCGGGUCAACCUGUGCGGCAUCUGCGGCAAGGCGUACACGGCCGCGCACCCUCAAGACGCACCUGCGCACACACUCAGGCGAGCGGCCCUACCGCUGCCUGCAGUGCAGCAAGUGCUUCUCGCAGAGCGGCCAACCUGACGGCGCACCUGCGCACGCACUCCGGCGAGAAACCGUUCCGCUGCCCGGUGUGCGAGCGCCGCUUCUCGCAAGCUCGUCGGUGACGACCCACAUGCGCACCCACUCGGGCGAGCGGCCCUACCGCUGCUGCCUCUGCAAGAAGGCCUUCUCGGCAGCUCUACGCUGA